GGAGCGCCGAGCGCCGAAGGUGGUAGCGCGAAUAGCGCCCGUCCGAUUAGCCUGGCCCGUACGCGGCGAGAUUCGUGCGCGCGGGACAUUCGUGCGACCCGCGGUCACGCUGAGGCGGCAGCCCGACCGGCGGGGGCAGCCCUGGCACAGCAGCACAUAGCAGGGGGGCUUGCCAACCACAGAUUUUGUACAGAUCAACGCAAAACCAUGGACGCCAAGGUCGCCCCGACGAAGACGCAGCGCAGCCCCGGAGCAGCCUGGCGCCGGGCCGCCUUCGAGCGCCUGGAAGCGGCGAGGCCGCGCCGCAAGACGCGCGCCCAGGCGACGCGCCUCGAGGUCGAGCGGGCCUCGGCCUACUAUGCGCUCAACGAAGCGGCGAUCCCGGACGGCCUCGUCGCUGCUCGGCGUAAACCUACGAUCUCGGCGCCGACCCCACUGCUGCGGCGGCGCGAGCGCCAAAAACCCAAGGUCCCGGCGCUCGCCGUAAAAAAAGCGCCAUCACCCCCAAAGCCGCCGCCAAAACAAAUCUGGCGGCCGCCUUCAGGUAAUACGCCGCGGCCGCCGCCGGGGGCUUCCCGAAAGCCGCGGCCCGGCGCGCCCUGUUAUCUGUUUGAAGCCGACGCCGACGCGUUCUUACUGUCGCUCGAAUUUCUGGAUGUGGACGUCCGCCGCGUGCUCCAGAUCACGACGGAGCUGUCCAAACAAUGUACGAGCUGGCUCGCGCCCGCGGCCGAGGGCCUGUGGCGGUCGCUGUGUGAUAGUAGUGGGUGCGACGUCGCGCCGGAUUUAAGCUCUUCAACACCCUACAAGGACGCGUUUCGUUUAUCCGCGGACUUGAGGGAUCGCGGGUUGGUCGUCGAGGUCGGCAUGGGCUGUAUUCGAGCAGGCGCGGCGACCGGCGCGCCUCAUUAUAUUCCUCUCUACUAUGAUACGGUGCGGUCGACGCUCGAACUUUCAGAUGGAGACGCCUCAUCCUUACCGCCGCCGUCCGUCAAACGCCAAGAAUUACUCCUACAAGACCCGUCUCUAUUGAGGCGGCUCGUGACGGCCGCGCGCGAAAGCAUUGGACUGCGUUCACUCAAGGGCGUCUCCGUCGUCUUGAUACGACCGCCGGCCUGCGAGAGGCAAGCCUUCGAGCGCGCCGCGGCGCGGGCCCUGGACGACUGCCGACGGUUUCAGGUCGUGGACCCUCCACUAAACGCCGACGUGGCCAUCGACGUCGGGCUGUUCCGAUGUAGCGCCUCCACGAAACGGAGAUGCGCGCACCAGCGCCUCGCGGGCGCCGCGCUGACGCGGUUCGUGCAGCUGAAUUUGGAGGACGCGGACCCCUACGGUUUAUCGUCUCUUGCUAGAGCCGAGGCACUCAAAUCAAAAGACGAGGCCGCGUCCUGCGUUGAGGUCUUGAUGGACCCGCGCCGCGGCGGCGACGCCCUCGAGGCCGCCCUGGGCGAAGACCUUGAAGGAGUGAAGGGCCUCGUCGGGCUCGCGCGGAGUAUCUGCACAAAGGACGUCGCUUCUGUAAGUCUGGCCGGCGGCUCAGCACAACUCCCCGGCCUGCGCCGGGCGCUCGCGCGGGCGCUGCCCCCGAACUGGCGGCUCCUGCCGACCGAGGGCGACGCGUGGCGCGCCGUCGCGGCAGCGGCGGCGGCGCGCGAUAUCGCGUGGGCUCCGGAUCUGGACGCGCCCAACCACGUAAGGACAUGAUGUUUUAGUGCCUCAGAACCGCUGCCAAUGCCCC